AUGACGGGAACGACGCCGCGGCGUUUUCUCAGCGUGUUUGUUGCGUGUCGCAGCGUGCCUCUUAUAGCUAUAUUGUACUACAUAUUUGGCGCCGCGGCCUUUGGUCUGGCUCGCGGUAAAACUUCACUAGACAUCGCAUUAUUCCCGCUAGAGUUCACCACCAGCGGGGGAUUGGAACGCCAGACUAGGUCCGAUAAUUCCUGUCUUAAAGUAUAUAGAUAUUGCAAAGCUAUCUUAGCGGCAUCCAAUAGACCACCACAGAUGGACCCAACAAAGCCGAUGCUUAACCAGGAUUGCUGGUCAAGUGCAAUAAGAUACCGCGGCCUUGACCUGGAAAAGCAGAAGGAACGGGGGGCGGGGGUUUAG